GGCAAAAUUUUAAGUCUGGAUUUGACUCUGCAUUGUCCAUUUCAUGGACUGUCAAGAUGUUUAAAGAAACUGCUGUUAUUCUGCUUUUACAUACAUCUUUAAUCUGCUCGGCUCAGUCAGAUGGGAAUUUGUUGAUCUACAAUGCUCAUAAGAACAGAUGCCUGGGGAACAACCUGCAAGAACUAGAGGUGUGUGACCUCAGGAACCCGAGACAACAGUUCCGCUGGACUUCAGCGAACCGCAUCUUCAAUGUUGCUGAGAAGAAAUGCCUCGGCACAGAGAACAUGACUGAGGGUAGUAAACUACAGUGGUACACCUGUGAUGCCGACAGUGACCUUCAGAAGUGGGAGUGUGAGAACAACUCACUGUUUGGAUUGAAGAACGAGACUCUGUACUUAUCUAUUCAGGAUAAUUCUAAUUCACCAAUAGUGUCUAGUGAACUAGGAGAGAAGAGCAAGUGGACACUUCAUGGAACAACGGACAGCGUUUGCUCUCGUGCAUAUGAAGAAAUCUACACUCUUAAAGGAAGAGCUUAUGGACUCCCAUGCCAUUUUCCGUUUUUUUAUAAUAACACCUGGUACACAGACUGUACAACUGCUGGCCACUCCUCCAACCUAUCAUGGUGUUCAAUUGAAAGAGAUUAUGAACCAAACCAGCUCUGGGGUUACUGCCCAACUCAACAAAUAGUUCAACAGUUCUGGAGGAAGAGCCCAGUGACAGACGUUUAUUACCAGGUGAAUGAAGAUUCUGUGUUGACCUGGUAUCAGGCCAGGAAGAGCUGUCAGCAGCAGGGGGGAGAUCUGCUGAGCAUCACUGAGCCCCAUGAGCAGACCUUCAUAUCAGGGUGGAUUCCGAUGGUAGGUCCAGUCUUGUGGACAGGACUGAACAGUUUAGAUGCAUCCAGUGGAUGGCGAUGGGCCAACGGACAACCUUUACGCUAUCUGAAAUGGAUGAGUGGACAACCAUCUUCUCUACCAGGCCACAGCUGUGGAGUGCUAAGUCAGCUUUAUGGCUCUGGAUGGUCCACUGAUGUUUGCUCUGAGAAGCAUGGAUAUAUCUGCCAAAGAGGCCUCCCUACCCCCACUGUUCCACCAGUUGUGAACACAGGUUCUUGCUACAGUCCGUGGAUCCCUUACUCAGGACACUGCUACUUACUCAGUCGCACAAAGAGAACAUGGCUGGAGGCGAGAGAUGCCUGUCGACGUGAAGGUGGAGAUCUGCUGAGCAUUCUCAAUGUAGAAGAACAAAGCUUCACCAUCUCACAACUGGGAUACGCAAAGACAGAUGAACUGUGGAUCGGUUUUUAUUACCUCAAGACUUCGAUGCUGUUUGAAUGGAGUGACCAAUCCAAUGUCCAGUUUACCUUGUGGGACGUGAAUGAACCGAGCUAUAAUGCUGCCAUUAAAGAAGACUGUGUGCUAAUGAGAGGAGAGGAGGGCAAGUGGACUAAUCAGAUCUGUGAUGACAGUUAUGGAUACAUCUGUAAGAAAAAAGCAAAUCCAUCCUCUAGGGACGGUUUUGUCACAGGCCCAGGCUGCAAACCUGGUUGGGUCAGGUACGGCUAUUACUGCUAUCUAGCUGGAUCAGAGACUAAGACCUUUGAAGAAGCCAAACAGAUGUGUGAGAAAACUGGAUCAUAUUUAGCAGACAUUACAAACAGAUAUGAAAAUGCAUUCCUGGUCAGUCUAAUUGGGGCAAGACCAGAGAAGCACUUCUGGAUCGGUCUGUCUAAUGCGAAGAUUCGACACAUUUUUCAGUGGACGAACACCAAGAAGGUUCCAUUUACUCACUUCAACGCUGGAUUGCCAGGAAGAAGGCAAGGUUGUGUUGCCAUGACCACUGGAAUACUCGCUGGAUUAUGGGAUGUGUUGAGCUGUACUAAUGCAGAGAAAUACAUCUGCAAGCAGAAAGCUGAAGGUGUCAUCACAACUCCAGCCCCUCCAACCACUCCUGCUUUCACCUGCAAGAAAGGCUGGAAUCCCCUAGCAGAUAGAGAUAUUUGUUUUAAGCUGUUCCAGACAGAACCUAGUAAAAGGAAGACGUGGUCUGAGGCCCUGGACUUCUGCCGGGAACUUGGGGGGGAUCUGCUCAGCAUCCACAGUGCUGAAUUUACAAAUAGCCAUUUACAAAAAAGUCAGGCAUGGAUUGGCUACAGUAUCCAGGACCCCUCUGCUGGUUACACAUGGAGUGACGGUUCCUCUUCCUCCUAUGAAAACUGGGACAUUGGAGAACCAACCAAUCUACACAAUGCAGAGAAAUGUGCUGUAGUGAGUUUUUUGCUUAGGACAGGAGUAUGGAUGGACAAGCAGUGUUCUGAUAGACAAGACUGGUUUUGCGAGAUCCGAAAAGGUGUGACUCCAAAGGAAGUAAACAUCACAAGUAAAACAUAUAAUAAAACAGAUGAUGGAUGGAUCAUAUUCAAGGAUCAUCAGUAUUACAUCUAUAAUGGUCUUUAUGUCCCUAUGGUGGAUGGACAGAGCUUCUGCAGGCAAAGACAUGGUGAUCUUGUGUCCAUUAAUGAUGAGGAAGAGCGGGCGUUUCUGUGGCAUCAGUCUCUGCAACAACGGGCAGAUUUUUAUAUUGGGAUGUACAUUGACCUGGACAUGUCUCUUUCGUGGAUGGAUGGAUCGCCAGUGGUGUUCCAGGCAUGGGCAGAAAAUCAGCCGGCCUUCCACUUAGGUGUGGAGAGCUGUGUACGAAUGUCUUGGUCUCAUGGGCUUUGGGAAAGUGUGAACUGUGGUAUUGUGGAGAAAUCAUUUAUCUGUAAACGAAAUGGAUCUGUACCAGCUCAUGCCACUGUUGCUCCCACUGAGCCCCCCAUAGGAGGCUGCCCUCCGGACUGGGUGAAGUUUCAAGAAAAGUGUUUUAAGAUAGGACUGGACCUGAAAACAUGGAAUGAAGCCAGAUCAUACUGUUGGACUAUUGGAGGAAGCCUGGCCUCAGUUAAAAACAGACUCCAUCAAGCCUUUUUGACCCUGAUGAUAACUGAUGGAACACCAGAUUUGUGGCUUGGCUUCAGUACUACACCGGGCAGAAGAUGGGAGGCUCUAUGGAUUGAUGGAAGUCCUUUCCGAUACUCAGCCUGGGUCUCCUCCCACACUGCAGACAAUUGUCUGGCAAUGGCAGGAUUCCAAAAUCCUUUAUUGGGAAAGUGGGUGCCAAAAAACUGCAUGCACACCAGUGGUUAUAUCUGCAAUCGUGCUACGAAUCACUCGAUCAUCCCUAGGCCCACAGAGGUGCCCAGAACUUUCAUCAAGCUUGGAAAUUCUUCUUACAUGCUCGUCCAAACCAACAUGACCUGGAAAGAAGCUCAGAGUCACUGUCAGUCUGUGGGAGCAAACCUGGCCAGCAUUCGGGACGUCUUUGCCCAGUACCACAUUGAGCUACAGGCAGACAAACUUAAACAACCCAUAUGGGUUGGGCUGAACAGCAUGAAGAUACAUGGAUACUACCUGUGGAUUGAUAACUGGCAUCUAAGUAUGGAGAGAUGGGCCCCUAAUGAACCAAAAAGUGACCACCCCUGUGUUUAUGUGGACGUAGAUGGAAUGUGGAAAACUGCCCAGUGCAAUCAAACCUACUACAGCUUGUGUAAGAAUUCAACAGAUAUGGCUCCACCUCCACCAACUCAGUACCCAGGUGUGUGCCCUAAACCGAGCAUUGCUAAUCCGAGAAUGAUAUGGCUGCCGUAUCGAGGCCACUGUUACGCAUUCACAUCCAGUGCAGAAUCCUGGUUCACAGCGUCUAAUCUCUGUAAGAUAAGAGGAGGUGAACUCGUCAGCAUUGUGGAUUCAAUGGAGGCCGAGUUCAUAGCGAACAAUGCCAGGUUACGGAAGGAUAACUCCAACUAUUUCUGGAUAGGCCUUUACAAGACCCGCAUAGGACACUGGAUGUGGACAGACAACAGGGUUCUGGAUUACGUUAACUGGAGUAAAUCUGAAGAGGAACCUCCAGAACGUCACUCUGUAUAUAGAUUUAGCCCAGAAAACGCAAAAAACUGUGCAGUGAUUUCCUCCAGCACUGCAGAGUGGGAAAGGCGUGACUGUAAACGGGGUUUUCACGCUUAUGUCUGCAAAACAGCCAAAGUUGUAAUGCCGACAACAGAGCCGACAACUACAGUUUUUACAGGUACUGUUGGAACUCGCAGGUCGUUCAGUGGUGCAUCAGUGGUCGUACUGAUUUUAGUGAUGUUCGUUUUGGCUGGAUUGGUUUAUGGCUUCAUCAGAACCUCCAGAAAACAGGCUUCCAUGUCUGAGAACUCAAUGCAGAGCACCAGAGCAGGUUUUGUUGUAGAGGAUGAGGACACCAUGGGACUGUUUAGUCAAACAGAUGAUAACGAGGAAGACCCUACUUUGUAAUUUGCGAAUAUUUGGAAUUAUAUUGUGUCUUUACAUGUUUUCACGAUUCUGCUUCAUGAUCUAAUCCUUACAUUUAAUUGUUAAAAAUGAUCUGCUCGGCUUCAGUUGAUUAUUUUCCACAUAAUGGAUCAGGUUUGAAUGAACAAAAUGAUUUGAAGUUCAUCAGUGAUAUUGCUAAAUAAAAUGGAAUUUAAAUACUG